AUGGAUAGAGACGCGGUUGAAGGUAACUUUACCUCCUCUUCCCGCUUUCCAGAUCCAGAGCCCGUCGCUCUUAUGGAUCCCUCUCAUACGCAUAUGAAUGAUCUGGGGCUUACACCUUCCCCUGGGUUUCAGUUGCAGGGACAUAUUUUACAGGAUGAGGAGCGAAAUCUUUCUGGCAGUCGAGAUGGUUUGAACCAGGCAAGCAGUGGUAAGGCUGGCGAUAGCCAGUUUGCUGCGGAACCGCAAACGACCGAGGCGCCGGCCUUCGGUUGGCUUGAUGUCGAGGGAGACGGGACGAAUGCGAAGGACGAUCUUUUUGACCCUCUAUUCGAUUCCACAUUUCCGGAGCUGGAGUCGCUUUUUUCUCGAAAACGAAAUGCGGAGGACUCUGGGGAAUUUCCGCCUGAGAAACGACAUCAUCUAGAGAGUCCUGAUGAGACGCCCUCGCUUACGACCGAUACGACACACGAAUCUCCAGCCUCGUUCUUCGACAACUUUGAUAGUCUAUUCGGAAACGGUUUCGAUAUGCCAUUGAUCUCGCCCGACGAGCCACUACCCGCUUUCGAGGAAUCCACUCCCCCGCCUUCCGACAAUGGGUGCGUGAGCGACUCGACAAAAGAACGAUUCUCUCUCGAUGAGACAGACAUCCUUGCUACCACCUACCGGGAGAUAUUCAAAGUCCAGAAAGAACCAGAAUAUGCUUCGCCAUACCAAGUUUCAGGAGGGCCACUGGGCUACCUUCCUUCGGCCCCUGGAAUCCACGUCAAAUGUGUUGCUGUUGGGGAAACGCUGCAAGAUAAUCAAAUAUUAAGCCUGCGGGCAAAGAUAUCUCAACUUACGCGCGAGCGAGAUUAUUUCAAAAGAUCGUUGCUGAAAUACGCGGACGUGGACAAGUCUGGAAAAACGCCUGAGCAGGUGCUACGCGACCAAAAUGCAAUGCUUCGGCGCGUAUCGUCAAGGCAUCAGGCCAGAGUCGAGGAGUACAAAAAGGAAGCCGCCGAAUGGAAGAACAAGCUUCACCACCUCGGGACCAUCCACAACAACCUUUUGUACGAGAUUGGGGUUGAGAAACGAAUGCCCACUGUCGCUCCGCUCCCUGAUGGAUACCGCCCUCCUCGAAUUCCGAAGGCUAAGCAGGGGCAGCCAGGGCAAACCGGCGUUUACGUGUGCUUGCCGAGCCCUCCUCCUGGUCCACCGCUUGCUCCGGCCCAGGGACAUGCGCAAUCUAUACCGUCUGAAUCAGCGCCUGUCAGCAGUACAGCAACCCCUCGCCCUACGCCACAGCCACAGAAUAUCACGAUUGAUUUGACGGAGGACGAAUCGCCGCCUACUCCUGCUCCUUCAGCGGGUGAACCAGAGCGUCCCGCGGCUACACUGCAGUCUCUGCGAAGCAAGAAAUACGACUGGCUCCAAGCUGGGCGUGACAACGCUUACACUAGCAGCCCAUGUCUGUCUCCGCGGACCCUCGAUGAUGAGUUGGCGUUGAUGAUGGAGGAAGAAUUGGCACGGGCCUAA